UGGGGCCAGCAUGAAAGCCGGGUAAAUGGGAAAAGGAAUCCUCUCUCCCAUGCAGGCCUGUAGUGGGAGACCUUUGCAGAGCUCCUCCACAGAGGCAGCCCAGUGACUAGAGUAACCUACUUGGGAGCAGGGAGACCAGUACGUGGAAUGAAGGAACAGAUGGGAGGGGACACACAACAAUGGAGCCUUUGCCCUUCUGUCUCCUGUUCACAGCAGGCCCUGUGGAGUUUAGCUGUACACCAGAGGUGAAAGUAAGCCAGUAUGGCCCGGUACAGCAUACUGGAGCUACCUAACUGCUCUGCUGGCAUUAUGCAUAUUUCCAAAGACAUGUGGAAUGAGUGUGGCUGUGGAUUCUAAACCCAAUAUUUUACUGAUAAUGGCAGAUGAUCUUGGCAUUGGAGACAUAGGUUGCUAUGGUAACAAUACCAUAAGGACCCCUAAUAUUGACCAGCUGGCCAAGGAAGGGGUGAAACUUACUCAGCACAUUGCUGCAGCUCCACUUUGUACUCCAAGCAGAGCAGCUUUCCUGACUGGCAGAUACCCCAUCAGAUCAGGCAUGGCUUCCAGUAACGGGUAUCGUGCCCUGCAGUGGAAUGCUGGGUCAGGAGGACUCCCUGUAAAUGAAACCACUUUUGCCAAGGUGCUGCGUCAGCAGGGUUACACCACGGGACUUAUAGGGAAGUGGCAUCAGGGUAUGAACUGUGAAGCCCUCAAUGAUCACUGCCACCACCCUUCAAACCAUGGUUUUGAUUAUUUUUACGGCAUGCCUUUUACUCUCCUAAACAACUGUCAGAAAAACAAACCUCCCGAGUUGGAUGCAGCCCUUCAAGCCAAACUCUGGCUUUGCACUCAAAUAAUUGCCCUUGCUGUGCUCACAGUUAUCAUUGGAAAGCUUACUGGCUUGAUUUCCACCAGCUGGAAAAUAGUCGCCUUCUUUGCCUUAGCUGGCUCUCUUUUUUUCACUUCCUGGUACUCCAGUUAUGGAUUUGUGCAAUAUUGGAACUGUAUCCUGAUGAGGAACUAUGAUAUUACUGAACAACCUAUGAAGUUGGAAAGGACGGCUGCCCUCAUGCUUAAGGAAGCAGUUUCAUUUAUUGAAAGAAACAAGCAUGGACCAUUCCUCCUCUUCGUUUCCUUUUUACAUGUUCACACACCCCUUUUCACCACGGAGAAAUUUCUUGGGAAGAGCAGACACGGCUUAUAUGGAGACAAUGUAGAAGAAAUGGAUUGGUUGGUGGGCAAAAUUCUUGAUGCUAUUGACAAGGAAGAUUUGAAAAACAACACAUUCACGUAUUUUGCCUCUGACCAUGGAGGACAAUUGGAGGCUCAAGAAGGAAAAACUCAGCUAGGUGGCUGGAAUGGCAUAUAUAAAGGUGGAAAAGGCAUGGGAGGCUGGGAAGGAGGCAUCCGUGUGCCAGGGAUACUUAGAUGGCCAGGAGUCUUUCCUGCUGACACAGUUAUUGAUGAACCUACAAGCCUUAUGGACAUUUAUCCCACAGUGGCUCACCUGGGUGGAGGGAUAGUGCCCCAGGACAGGGUAGUUGAUGGCCGGAACCUGAUGCCUUUACUACAAGGAAAAGUUCAACAGUCGGAGCAUGAGUUCAUGUUUCACUACUGUGGGUCAUACUUACACGCGGUGCGAUGGCACCAAAAGGACAGUGGGGCACUGUGGAAGGCUCAUUAUGUGACUCCAAUAUUCCAGCCAGAGGGUGCUGGAGCGUGUUACGGAAGAGGAAUUUGCCCUUGUUUUGGGGAAGGUGUAACCCAUCAUGACCCUCCUUUACUCUUUGAUCUCUCCAGAGACCCGUCUGAGGCCAAACCUCUGUCUCCUGCCACUGAGCCCCUGUUUGACACAGUAAUAAGCAGAAUAGAAAGAGCUGUUCAGGAGCAUCGCCAGACACUGACUCCAGUCCCACAACAGCUCUCUUUGCACAACAUUAUGUGGAAGCCCUGGCUGCAGCCGUGCUGUGGGACAUUCCCGUUUUGCUGGUGUGAUAGAGAGGGUGACAGUGCACACCCUGCUCUGUAAAAUAGGUGGUUGUUCAUAAAACCCUGCAACUGUGAAUGCUCUGGUGCAGUCAACUUGUAAUAACAUCAUUUCUGAAAAAUCAUGUUUCUUUUGGGCCAAAUUAUACCUAAAAUAUGCCAUUCCACUGCCCUCUCUCUCUCUGGGGAGCAAAGAGGCCUUAAGUGAGGACGAGGGGGUUAUGGUAGCGCUUUCUCCCAUUUACUCUCCACUACCAGCUAGGUGCAUAAAGCGCACUCCAUGUACACAUGGAAUAGUACCUGGAGAGACUGUGCCUUCCAGUAUGUAUUUAGGAGCCUCACUUUAGGCACCCAGGUCUGAAUAUUUUGGCCAUAAGGCAUCCAGGCACAGUGGAUUCUGUGUUACAAUUACUUCCGUUUCCCAGCACAUCACUGCCUCGCAGAGGUAUAACUCCAUUCUCUGUUGGGCGUUUACUAUAGAUAAAUAUUUGAAACCGUCAGAGAGAUAUACACAAGAAAAAGUAAAAUUGGCUUAGGAAAGAACCGACUGCAAUUUUUCAACAGCUUUUGAACAAACUACGGCUUUAACUGGAUAACAGUAAAGUUAAAUAUUCAUGCAUGCCAGAAAGCAGAAUAUUGCUCUUUAAGAUUUUUUUUUUAUUGUCAUUUGCACAAUCAUUACUAAAAGUAGCUUUUGGUUGGUGAGCAAAGGGUCCUGUUCUAGUUUGUAGCUGGCAGUUUUACUGAUAAAUGACGCUAAUAAAAAUGUAUAAAAUAAAUAAACUUACUUUAUAUGUUUACAGUCAUCUUGGGUAAAGAAGUAUGGUGAUCUUGGUGGGAUUUACCACUUCAAUUAGUGAACAAGAAAAAAAAUCAUAGUUUGGAGAAAUCUACGUAAUGUAAUAUAAUAAGCAAAUAUCUACGUGAAUGAGGUGCUGUUCAGUAAAGGAUUCAGCAAUACUUGGUCAGUUUCAUCCUUGGUGUAACUCCAUUCAGAUUCACCGGGACAAAUUUGGCCCAUGGCUCCUGCUGAAGUAGAAGCCUGUCAUUUUAGUGCCUAGUUUGAUCGCCAUGGAGGACUAUGGUGUCUGCAUGGUGUAUAUAUGUGCAGCCACAGUAACUACUUAUAAUAAGUUAUAAGUUAUUAUUGUAACUACAGUACCUAAACCAUACAGGGAGCUGCAUUGUUUUGCCUGCUUGUAGGCAUUAAUUCUGUUACCAAUUGCUGUAGGAAGAAUUUGGGACUUGAAAAGUGAUUUUUACAUAUAUUUUUUUAAGAUUUAGGACUGAUUAGGAUCCUGCAGACAUGUGGCUCACACAUUUCAAUUGAUUGGCAGAAAAGGAACAGAAUAGAAUGUUGUCAUGCUACAAAGCGAGGAAGGAAAUUGCCUUAUUCAUCUCAAAAAGGUAUUAAAUGAGAAACAAUUUCUAUAUAUUCUUUCCCAUUCCUGUAGCAUUCCAAUAUUGAGUUUUAUUAUUGACUGUUGUGAUCAAUAUAUGUUCCCCAGUAAAUAACUUGUCAGAUGAAAAACUAAAUUUUUGAAUAUCAGAAUAUACUUCUGGAAGUUAGAUGUGUGAGGGGAGAGGAGGAGGGAAAGAUGACAUAAAGCACACAAUGACCCAAAAUUCAACCAUAGCUGCUGACUGUCUAAAUUUAAUAGCAGAUGGACAGCAGCAGCUGCCUUAACUAGUGGAGCCACCAUCACAAUCUUUGCUUUAAUAGAGCUUUUGUAGAUCAUGUUCUGAAGAAAACACGGCAGGCUCAAAAGGUAUAAAAAGAGUAAUUGAAAGGGGAGGUUAGGUCAGUGUAAUAGAGAGAGACAUGAGGCCUGGUAGAAAAGGCCUAGUGUAAGGUCUCAGGCCUAAACAGAGUCAAGCCCUGCUAAUAUAAAGCAGAAUUAGCAAGAGUCAGGCCAAGUCAGGCCCUGCCCUGUUACAAAACAU